CCGCAAAUGCACGGCCCUUUCCCCCAAAACCCCCACUGCAUUCCCCCCCAAACCCACAAACCCCGCCGCUGGAUCAACACCACCUCAAGCUCGAAGUGAGCCACUGUCCCAAGCAACCUUCCUUCUUCUCCCCACCUCGUUUUCUCCAAAUCGCCAUUCACAACCCAUACACACUCUGUGCGCGUGUGUGUCUCUAUGAUGUCGGCGUCGCCGGAGUUCUACAAGCCGGCGCCGGUGUUCUCGCCGUGCAGCUCGCCGCUGCGGCUGCUGCAGCAGCAGCACGGGGAGGAUCAUCAGGAGGAGUACGGCUACGGCAGCAGCGGCGGCUGCUGCAGGACGCCGACGGGAGGGGAGAGCAACCUGAAGGCGCCAGGGACGUGCCCGCCGGCGCCGAGGAAGCCGCGCGCGCCCGCCGCGCCGUGCCGGAAGCGGCUGUUCGAGGUCGAGGUGUUAAGCCUCCGCCUCGAGGAGCUCGAGCGCCUCUUCUGGCGCCCUCCGCCGCCGCCGCCGACGACGCAGCCGCAGCCGCAGCCGCAGCAGCCGCCGCAGAAGCGCCGGAGGGUGGCCAAGCUCGGCAGCUAGCUAGCUCGCCGGAGUAGCACACGUGUGCGUGGAUGGCCAUAAGUGGUGUUGGUUGGGUUAGUUACUAGAGCUAAAGCUAGAGUAGUUCGGAGUUGGUAGGAUUUAGGCGUACUGGCGUUUUUACUGCUGUACUUGCACUAUAUUUCUACUGCUCAAAUUAUCUCCAUGGCUAGUAUAGCUGGUUGUACACUUUGUACUAUACCUGCCUAGCUAAGGUUGCUACUACUACUACUGUAGCGUAUCAGUGCAGUUUAUACUAGUAUCUGUGUAUGUGAUGGCAUUGGGGGUGUGUACUCCUGGUACGUAUUAGCAAUCAAUAGGAGCUUAGCUUGAAUUUGCUUCCAUGCAUAUAUGGCAGUUGCAGUGCAGCCUGUGAAGUAAUGACAAGUUGUAUGAUCCGUGUAUACAUCCAUCAAUGUAUCAGUGAAUCAAUCCUUGCAACGAAUACAAUGAGAAGCAGCUCAAUCCUCAUAUGUUCUA